AUGACUUCUUUAAUCCUUAAAGUUGACGAAGAAGGUCAAAACAAGGAGCAAGGUGUCGUGGUGUUUCCUGACUUGCCAUUGCCUAAGGGAUACAAAGAUGGUGAUGCUAUAUUCAAUUUGAAACUAGUUAUGCCAGCGGCUGCUCCAAUUUCAAGAAAUGGGAUUGUAUGGAUCAAUGUUCCUGAAGAUGCUCAAACUACUUUUGAUAGAUCCAAGUAUUAUAAAAAGACUAUUCCAAAUACAUUUACUAGGGAUAAUGAAUUAGAAUUCAAGAUUUUCUAUCCAGGUUCUUAUAGUUAUUAUAUUUCAUAUAGAGAUGAUUCAAAUUUAUUGAAAACUACAAGAAAGUUCUAUUUCGUUGUUCCACCAAAACUUCAAUUGAAUGGUAAACAUCUUCCUCUCAAUUCAUUAGCUUUAGAAUCUAUUGUUUCUAAAUGGUUAGGUCCUCAUUCAAAUUGGGAUAACAUAUUUGAUGAAGUUUCUCAAAAGGGUUAUAAUCUGGUUCAUUUCACUCCUUUACAACAACGUGGUGAAUCUGAUUCUCCAUAUUCAAUCUAUGAUCAAUUAACAUUUGAUCCUAAAUUAUUCCCAAAUCAAAAUGAUGUUGAAGAUUUAGUUGAGAAAAUUCAUAAGAAGAAUAAUUUAUUAUCAAUUACUGAUGUUGUCUUCAAUCAUACUGCUAAUAAUUCUGAAUGGUUAAGAGAUCAUCCUGAAGCUGGUUAUAACAAGGAAACUGCUCCACAUUUAACUUCUGCUAUUGAACUUGAUGGGAAAUUGAUUGAAUUUAGUGAUAACUUAACCAAACUUGGUUAUCCAACUGUUUUGAAUUCAACUUCUGAUUUAUUGAAAAUUAUGGAUGGUAUUAAGACUCAUGUUAUUGGUGAAUUGAAACUUUGGGAAUUUUAUGUAGUUGAUGUUAUUGAAUCUUUAAAAGAUUUACAAAAAACUUGGGAAACAAAUCAAGGAAAUUUAACUAAAAUUGAUAUCCCUGAAGAUGUUCGUAAUAAUAUUGAAAAAUUAUCAAGUUUUGUUGCUGAGAAUACAAUCUCAUUCAAAUUAGGUUAUCGUUAUGAUAAUAAAGUUGAUCCAUUGAAAUUUGCCAAUAUUUUAUAUUCACUCAAUAGUUCAACAUCUAUAAACUUUAAUGAUGUUAAAGAUCAAGCUCAAAAAAUUCUUGAUGGUAUUAAUUUACCAAGAUAUAAAGAAUAUGAUAAUGAUGUUGGUGAUAUCUUGGAACAAUUAUUCAAUAGAAUUAAAUAUUUACGUAUUGAUGAUCAUGGACCAAAAUUAGGUGAAAUUACCAAAGAAAGUCCAUUAUCUGAACCUUAUUUCACAAGAUUUAAAGCUAAAGAUGGUAAAGAAUACCAAUUGGCAAAUAAUGGUUGGAUUUGGAAUGGUAAUCCAUUAGUUGAUUUUGCAUCUGAUAAAUCUAAAAGUUAUUUGGUUCGUGAAGUUAUUAUUUGGGGUGAUUGUGUUAAAUUACGUUAUGGUUCAGGUCCAAAAGAUUCACCAUAUUUAUGGAAAAGAAUUGAAGAUUAUGUUGAAUUAUCUGCUAAAAUUUUCGAUGGGUUUAGAAUUGAUAAUUGUCAUUCAACUCCAUUACAUGUUGGUGAACAUUUCUUAGAUUUUGCAAGACGUAUUAAUCCUCAUUUAUAUGUUGUUGGUGAAUUGUUUACAGGUUCUGAAGAUAUGGAUAAUUUAUUUGUUGAAAGAUUAGGUAUUACUUCAUUAAUUCGUGAAGCUAUGCAAGCGUGGUCUGUUGAUGAAUUAUCAAGAUUAGUUUAUAGACAUGCAGGUUUACCAAUUGGUUCUUUCCAACCUUUACCUUUAGAUGAUUUUGCAUAUCCAUCUUCAAAUGAUCCAGUUUCUAAUAGUUUAUCCGAGAUUCAAAUUCCAAAAAUUUUAAGACCUUCAAGAACUCAUGCACUUUUCAUGGAUUGUACACAUGAUAAUGAAACUCCAUUUGAUAAAAGAACUGUGGAAGAUACUUUACCAAAUGCCGCUCUGGUUGCAUUUUGUGCUACUGGUGUUGGUUCCGUUUUCGGUUAUGAUGAAUGUUAUCCACAUUUAUUAGAUGUUGUUAAUGAAACAAGAAAUUAUACUUUUGGUAAAGGUAUUGGUGAAGUUAAAUCAAAACUUUAUAAAAUUAGAAAAGAAUUAUCAGAAUCUACUCAAAUUGAAGAAGAUCAUGAAAUGCAUGUUCAUCAUGAAGGUCAAUAUAUUACAUUACAAAGAGUUAAUGCUAAGACUGGUAAAGGUUGGUUUUUAAUUGCUAGAACUAAAUUUAAUCAAUCAGAUGAUCAAUGGUUAGCACCAGUUGUUUUGAAAGGAACUAAAGCUUCACAUGAAUUUUCUUAUGCAUUAGAAAAAAUUGGUGAUCCAACUGAAUCAAAAGAAGAAAUCACAUCAGUCCCAGUUCAUAUUAAAAAAUUAGAAUCUCCAAAAAUUGAAUAUAAAAAUGGUGAUUCUGAAAUUAGUUUACCAGAUUAUUUCCCUCAAGGUUCAAUCAUUGUCUUAAAAGCUGAUAUUGAAAGUGUUAGUGAAGAAUUAGAUCAAUAUGUUAGAAAUGGUGCAUUAGAAGCUUCAUCAGAUUUAGAUCUUUAUGAUUUAAAUGCAUUAUUAUACAAAUGUGAUGCUGAAGAAAGAGAUGCAAGUUCUGGUGCUGAAGGUGUUUAUGAUUUACCAAAUCAUGGUCCUUUAGUUUAUGCUGGGUUACAAGGUUGGAUUUCUGUUUUGAGAGAUGUUAUUCAAAAUAAUGAUUUAGCACAUCCAAUUGCAGAUCAUUUAAGAUCAGGUCUUUGGGCUUUAGAUUAUAUUACUAAUAGACUAGAAAAAUUUAAACAAGAUAGUAAAGGAAUUGAUAAAUUUUCUGAAUGGUUGAAAACAAGAUUAGAUAGUAUUAAAUCAGUUCCAUUUUUCUUAGUUCCUCGUUAUUUUGCCUUAGUUGUUGGUGUUGGUUAUGAAGCUUUAAGAUAUAGAGCUUUACAACAAUUUGUACCAGAAAUUCAAAAUGGUAAUUUAUUUUUACAAAGAUUGGCAUUAACUUCAAUUCAAAUGGUUGGUAAAAAUAAAUCAACAUCAUUAGCACCUUUUAAACAAGUUCCAUCAUUAGCUGCUGGUUUACCACAUUUUAGUGUUGAUUAUAUGAGAUGUUGGGGUAGAGAUGUUUUCAUUUCUGUUCGUGGGUUAUUAUUAACUACAGGUAGAUAUGAAGAUGCUAAGAAUCAUAUUUUAAAUUCAGCUGCAACUUUAAAACAUGGAUUAAUUCCAAAUUUAAUUGAUGCUGGUAGAAAUCCUCGUUAUAAUGCUCGUGAUGCUGCAUGGUUUUUCUUACAAAAUAUUCAAGAUUAUGUUCAUCUUGUACCAAAUGGGUCCGAAAUUUUAAAAGAUAAAGUUAAAAGAAGAUUCCCAUUAGAUGAUCGUUAUAUUACAUAUGAUGAUCCAGAAGCUUUCAGUUAUGAAACUUCAAUUGAAGAUGUAAUUUAUGAAAUUUUAUCACGUCAUGCAAAAGGUAUUGAAUAUCGUGAAGCUAAUGCAGGUCCAAAUUUAGAUAGACAAAUGACUGAUGAAGGUUUUAAUGUUAAAGUUUAUGUUGAUUGGGAAACUGGGUUAAUUCAUGGUGGUUCACAAAGUAAUUGUGGUACAUGGAUGGACAAAAUGGGUGAAAGUGAAAAAGCUCAUAAUAAAGGUGUUCCAGGUACACCAAGAGAUGGUGCAGCUGUUGAGAUUAAUGGAUUAUUGAAAAGUACAUUAAGAUUUGUUCUUGAAUUACAAGAUAAAGGUUUAUUCCAAUAUAAAUCAACCAAAAGAUCAAUUGGUGAUGAAAUUACUUUUAAAGAUUGGAAUCAAUUAUUACAAGAUAAUUUUGAGAAAAAAUUUUAUGUUCCAUUAGAUCCAAAAGAUGAUGUUCAUUUUGAUAUUGAUGCUUCAAUUGUUAAUAGAAGAGGUAUUUAUAAAGAUCUUUAUAAGACUGGUAAACCUUAUGAAGAUUAUCAAUUAAGAGCAAAUUUCCCAAUUGCAUUAACUGUUGCACCUGAAUUAUUUACAUUGGAAAGAGCUAUUGGUGCUUUAGAUUUAGCGGAUAAAGUUAUUAGAGGACCUUUAGGUAUUAGAACUUUAGAUCCAUCAGAUUAUAAUUAUAGACCAGAUUAUAUUAAUUCUGAUGAUUCAGAAGAUUUUGCCACUUCAAAAGGUAGAAAUUAUCAUCAAGGACCUGAAUGGGUUUGGAAUUAUGGUUAUUUCUUAAGGGCAUUUCAUUAUUUCCAUUAUAAACAAGAAUCUUUACAAAAGGGUAAAAAUGAACCAUCAUCAAGAUUAAAUUAUUUACUUUCUGAAAGACUUGUUGAACAUAAGAAACAUAUUAGACAAACACCAUGGGCUGGGUUACCUGAAUUAACCAAUAGAGAUGGUUCUUAUUGUCAUGAUUCUUCGCCAACUCAAGCUUGGAGUACAUCUUGUUUAUUGGAUGUUUAUCAAGAUUUGUGGAGUCAAAAUUUUACAGCAUGA